AUGUCCAGCCCAGGCGUCCCCGAAACCAGCGUCCUAGCCAUAGCCAGUCAUGUAGCCUACGGCUACGUCGGAAACACAAUGGCGACAUUCGUCAUGCAAUCGCUGGGCUGCGAAGUCACCGCCAUCAACACCGUGCACUACAGCAACCACACAGGCUACAAGCAAUUCAAAGGCCGCAAAGCCACAGCCGACGAGAUCCUCGACCUGUACGCCGGCCUCGCGCAAUCAGGCCUCAACGACGCCUUCGACGUCCUGCUGAGCGGCUACAUACCCAGUGCCGAUGCCGUCGCUGCAGUCGGGAAGAUAGCACGGGAUCUGAGACUUCUCGGCGCGCGCCGGCCAGGUGGGUUCUUCUGGGUCCUCGACCCAGUCAUGGGCGACCAAGGCCGACUAUACGUCCCCAAAGCCUGCGUCCCAGCCUACAAAGCCCUCCUCCCCUCCGCAGACCUCAUCCUGCCCAACCAGUUCGAAGCUGAACUCCUCUCCGACACCAAGAUAACCGACCUGUCCUCUCUCGCGCGCGCCGUGCACGUUCUGCAUCGCGUGCAUGGCGUGCCGCAUGUAGUCAUUACGUCGUUGCGGCUUGAUCAUACCAGCACAUACAAAACCACAGACGCAGAACCCGGAGAAGAAAAAAAAGAAGAAGAAGAAGAAGAAGCACAACAACAAACCCUAACAAUCAUCGGCUCCACCUCCACGACCUCGCACAAACCCCGCCUCUUCCGCAUCGACGUGCCGGCAUACCCAAUCUUCUUCUCUGGCACGGGGGACAUGUUUGCCGCGCUUGCGGUGGCGCGACUGCGCGAGGCGGUUGCGGAGGCAGGCUUGUUGCGGGUGCGGAGCUGGAAGAGCGGGGAUGAGGUGCGGUCUGGGGAGGGAUUGCCGCUUGCGAGGGCGUGUGAGCGGGUUUGUGCUAGUAUGGGGGCGGUGUUGGGGAAGACUGCUGUUGGGGUGAGGGGGUGGGAGGGGAGGGAGGGGGAAAGGGGUGGUGGUGGUGGUGGGAAAGGGGAUGGGGAUAAUGGGGAGGGAGAGGGGGUGGAGAGGGCGAGGCAUUUGGCGAGGACGCGGGCGGCGGAGGUGAAGGUGGUGAGGAAUGUGGAGGAUUUGAGGGUGCCGCCGGGUGUGGAGAGGUUUCGGGCGAGGGCGGUGGAUGUUGAUGUUGAUUUCGAUGCUGAUGUGGGUGUUGGAGGAGGACAGGGGUAG